AUGGCGACACCGACGAAAUCCCAGAACAUCUCCACGCCGAAACCGCAGCUCUCCCCUCCAAGUAGGCUCAUGGCCUCGCCUCGACCUGGUACCUCGGGCAAUUCGAAUCGUCCUCUCGCCUACAAGUCUCCCGCAGUCAAGACUCCAGCCUCAGCGCACGGACACCAUAUCAGUGUCUCCUCACAACCUUCUUCUACACCCCUGGCCGCAACAGCCGUUCACGAUGACCUGCUAGCUCUCAAUUCCCCUGCUGCCGCUCUGAUGAACGCCUUGGGGACUACAGGACUUACACCUUUGGGAAGUGGAGCAGAUGGCUUGGGUAUCACCUCGAGUCUGUCGGGCGGACCUGUCAGAUCUGCCCCUCCUGUCAACCCGUUGCUCGAACGACUUGCUAGAGCGGAGCUGGUUUUGAAUUCACUCAAGAGUCGGGCUGCCGGACACGGAAUCACUCGUGGAGGGGUGGAGAGAAUAGGACAGUUACAAGGGUUCACCACUCUAUGGGACGAUGACAGCCUCACAAUUGCGGGAAACUGUGUUGACCUUGAGAUCAACUUCGAAGCUGGAGGCAGGGACGACGUCAGGGACGUGAGUCUCAAGCUCAACAUGUCAGACAGCGCCUCCGAAAACGAGGAGCCUCAAUUCCAAGAACAAGGCACCCAGAUUAUUAAGGGUAAUCUGCAAAGUCUGGACGCUGUCGGCCAAAUACCGCGAUGGAGAUCAUUGGAUGCCUUUGCAUCCAAUCUACAAUACCUCAGCCAACUCGAUAGAAUCGAGAGCGGGGCCCCCUGCUUCAACGCUGUGACCGAUCUCUAUAAUUCAUUCCGAAUGAUCUGGGAUGCUGAAAGAGAAAAAUUCAAAGGACGGACUCCUAGGCAACAUCUGAAACAGGGCGCAGUUGGUAGACCGGUCAUGGAUCGAAAACCCUGGUUGGGACUAGCAGUGGACUACUGGGCCACCCCCGAGGAACCAAGGCCAAAACCUGAGGCUGCCGCCAAUGGUGAGGUUGACAAUACCCAUCAUCUCUACACCGCACGGGUGUCUUGCGGGUCUGGUUUACCAAUGACCGCCGUCACGAAGCAAUGGGUCUCUGACCGAGUUCUCGUCGAGGGCCACGAGCCAAUACUCGAUGUCGAAAACGAGACAUGGAAGCCGGACUGGCGAGACCCUGCACAGGAUUCGUCAGGCUCAGAUCCGUUAGCCAAGGCAGAGGCAGAUAAUGCAGCCACAGAGAAGCCGACUGACAUGGUGUCACGCGUUUUGAAUAUGCAUUUUCAAUGUACCCUUGAACCCGAAGUUUACCUUCCUCUCAACGUAGCGGGCAAUCUGAGCGUGGAGAUUGCUAUGGUGGAGAUCAAGCAAGAGCUGACUUCAACAUAUCAAGCGGUGCUGCAUAAGACCUUCGUCGGUGCCGGCGCUGAAGGCAACAGAAACCCUUCACAAGAAAGAUGGAUUAGAGUCUUGCCCAUUGAAGAUGACAAAGGCUCUGGCCGGCUGCGACGGCACUCAUACGCCCUGAAAUCCUCCCAGCAUGCCCCACCCCUGUGGUGUCAUCCUUUGAAACAACUGAUAUUCACCCAUCCGAAACAAUUUGCGGCCGUGGUGCCUGUUAUUCGACAGUAUGCCGUCGUUUGGGGUAUUUUGCGCAGUUUGGUAGAGUCCCAGGGCGACAAUCAACAGAUGGGCGCAUCAAGCAAGGUCCCUUCCAAGGGCAACUGGAGUUCAGAAACCACUCGCCGCCCCUUGAAGCGAACAAACAAGAAGUCUCCCGGCUCUGACCUCGAUGACUUCGACAACCUCGCUAAUUCGCAUAGUGAGCUGGAUCCCGAUUUGCCGUUGCCGAUCGACGUGAACAUGGAUGUGCUUUCCGACAUCUCAAAAGCAAAGCUUGAUGUAUACAUUCCCUUGCGCAAGUCGAAUAGGAGAGAGCAAAAGCACCCAUUUGUCUUCUUGUCCCUCAACAUCUGCCCGGGUGGAGCAAUCGAAGUCCGAGACUUGCGCGGAAUCCACGCAGAAGGCACCGAGAGUGAAAGCAUUCGGUCCAAAAUUGUACGAAUUUUGGAGACGACGGAAGAUAUUGGCUUGCUAGUUGAAUGGCUUCUCGAACAGAAUGUCGCACGCAGGUGA